UAGAGAUCGGUGUCUCCUUUGAGCAGGAUUUGAAUUUGAAAUGUGAUUUCUUUGGAAUUGGUGUCAGGUGAUAAAAUAUUUUGUUAGAUAUUGUUCAUCUAUUUAUUCACCACUCUCAAAGAUGAAUUUUACUGGAUUUACUCUGAGAUAUUCCAAAGUAAACAGCGAAAACAAAACUGUCGAAAACUGGUUAUCAGCUCGAUUUACAGCCGAUUGUGAAUAAGAUCAUGAAGAAUUUGAUUUACUCUUUAUACACAUGAAAGAUAAAUGGCUGUGGUAUAGGAUUUCCCUUAUUUUCGGCUUCGAAUUAUGAAUAUUUCUGAAAAACCUAGGUUCGUGAAUGGUAUGCCCGACUCUGCUGGCAACAUUGAGGUGAUCCAGAGCUCCCUGAAGGCCUCUUUAGGCGGCCGGGACAGGGAUCGUCUCGAUGAAGAUGUCGCUGCAGCUUCUAAGCGUGUCUUGCUGCACAAUAUUGAGUUUCUACCAGCAUCUGCCCCCUACAGUAUACAACGUGAUACACUGAGAGCUAAGUACAUCCCUCUCAAUUCAGCACCUACACAAAGCAGGCCAUGGGGAGAUGGAAGUACUCCACAACACCAAGCCAUGACUAGCUCUGCUCACAGUGACAAAAAUGGGGAUUCCCUGCCAAGCCCCAGGGUGGUGCUGUAUCCGGAGGAGAAAGUCAAGAUGGAGUGGUCUCGGAUGACUCGAAUCGGAGCUGGUUUAGUCAACAUGGGGAAUACCUGCUUCUUCAAUUCAACUUUGCAGUGCUUGACCUACACUGCACCACUAGUGAACUACUGUUUCACCAAUGACCACAGAGAGAAAUGCAAGAAGAAAGACUUUUGCAUGAUGUGUGAAGUUCAGGACCACAUACGAACAUCUCUAGAUUGCGGUGGAAGGUCAAUCAAGCCCCAUUCUAUGCUGCAAAAACUUAGAUGCAUAGCAAAACACAUGAAGUGGGGUCGUCAGGAAGAUGCUCAUGAGUUCUUGCGCUUCUUAGUGGACCACCUGCAACAGUCAUGUCUACAUGGCGAGACAAAAUUGGACAGAUUCAGCAAGGAGACUACGGUUAUUAACCAGAUUUUUGGCGGUUAUCUCAGGAGCCAAGUGACUUGUCUUCGGUGUCAAGGAAAGUCGAACACAUUUGACCCUUUUAUGGAUUUGAGCCUGGAUAUAAAGGGAGUCAAUACUGUUGAGGAUGCACUGUUAAAGUAUGUGAAGCCUGAAACUCUGGACAAUGACAAUGCUUACAAGUGUCCAAAAUGCAAAAACAAGGUGAGGGCACAAAAAAGAUUCACUAUUCAAAAGGCUCCAAAUGUGCUGACUCUGCAGCUCAACAGAUUUGAUUUCAACCGUCACUUGUCCGGAAAAAUCAACAGGUUCAUACGUUAUCCAGAAAAAGUCAACUUAAGAAAUUUUAUGAGCCAAAAACAGGGAGAACCUGUCCUUUACCAUUUAUAUGGAGUGGUUGUCCACUCUGGUCACAGCAGUGAUCACGGACAUUAUUACAGCUAUGUCAAGUCUCCAAGCAAGACAUGGUACUGCAUGAAUGACUCAUCAGUUCAUCAAGUGAAUGCAAACACAGUGUUCAAUUCGGAUGCAUAUGUCUUGUUCUAUGCACGCAUAAAUAGAAACAUCAGUGCUGCUCAUUCCGGUCCUAACAACGUUCAUGCGAAGAACUCGUCUCCAGUCAAGGUUCCAUUCUCCAGCGUGAUGAUACAAAACCAUUUGAAGCAGGAGAAAACCCAAAUGGUCAAUGGGAUUCAUGGAAAAGCGACUAGUGAGUUGGGCACCCCCAUCAAGAGACAGCAGCCUGCAGGUUCAUCGCUUUCAUCCUCUUCUGUUGCAAAUGGUCCGAAGAUUGUUCCUCAUGGCACGUCACCCUCAGCUUUGCCUGGUGCUCACAACAAGAUAUCCUUCCCAAUCUUAACCCCUCAGCAGAAAAAGCAGUUACACUUGCAGCAGCAGAAGGACGAUGGCAAGCGUAUUGUUCUUCAGAUCAAACAUGGGAAUUCUACUACCAUGGAGAAGUCUCCUGAUGGCAAGUCAAAGGUGGUCAACGGUGGUGGGAGCAACAAACCUGCAGCUCAAUUAAAGUCCUCUGGUCUUGUGCCAUACAAUGAUGAUUCUGACUCAGAGCAAGAAAACAACAGUGCUGGUGGUAACUCUGUUCGACUUAACAAAUCGCCUCAUCACAGGACUACAGAUGUUGCUAGUACAUCGUCAUCUGCUUCUGGUGGCAGCUACAUUCAGGCAUCAGGGGAUCACCACCAUCAUCACAACUACGCUUCUGUCAGGUCAAUACCAUUGCCGUCUGACUCUGGAGAUGGACACAAAAGUGGCAUUUCCUCCACUCACAAGACGUCUGUAUCGUCAGACAUGCAGAAUUUGUCCCAAACAAAAGAUGGCUCCCGCUCCCCUCAUGUCCACCAGAUGCAUAGUCAAAAUGGCAUUAAGCAGUCCCCUCGCUCAUCAGACACUCACCGCUGGAAAGGUUCUUCCUCCCCCUCCUCCUCAUCUCAGCAUUCUUGGGUAUCGAAAAAAGUCAAUGCUCAAGGCAACACCGCCACCACCACCACCACCUCCACCACCACCUCUUCCUCCUCCGCCCUGUUUCAAGCCUCGGCAGCAGGUAAGGGUGGCGUUGUGGCUUUGGAGCUCCCUCCUGUUGUAAAUGUCUCAUCAUCCUCCUCCUCCACACCCAGCUGCUCGGCCAGGGUAAAGGCCACCGCGGGGAACUGGCUGGUCCAGCCCCAGGACUGUGCCCCGAGCCCCCGGGGCUCCUGCUCUAGCACUAACAGUGUCAAUUCCACCACUGGGUGGACCGUAGAGUCCAAAGGGUCCUCUUCAAAUGGGCACUCGUCAAAGCUACAAAAAUCUGAUGUGGAGAAUGGUUUCAGCAAUAAAUCGUUUUUCUUCUCGUCUGUGACGUCCUCUUCAGAAAAGAUUAAGCCCACUGACAAUGAUGGUUCUAGUUCUCAAAGACUUAAUACGAAAUCGGAGAAAAAGGAUGUCCCUAGAAAAUCUCUCUUUGGACUGAAGUCUCCGGACAGGAAGAGGGAAAAGAAGUCCCCUUUUGAGUUAGAAGUGCCUCGUACUCCAGUGGAUAUUUCUGACACAAGGGGCCUCCUGGUAUCCCCUAGCAGUUCUGCAGCCAGUGACAGUGGGCUUCGGAAAGUCAAAAAACACAAAAAAAAGCAGAAGCACAAGGAUCAGGAUGCAAGUGGUAGAGAUGAUGAGGUUCGGGAUGACAGUUCAUCUCGGAGUGAUUCAGUUUCUUCAAAAAAGAAGAAGAAACACAAACACAAGAAAGUGAAAGUAGAAAAACAGAAGAAAAAGUAUCGCAAAGAUUGGGACAGUUCUGACAGCGAUUCCUCUUACGACAAAAGGCACACGUACAAGAAACAGAAACGCAGCAGGUGUGACUCAGACUCCUCCGACAGCAGCCAAAAUAGCAAAGGUCGGAACAAGCGGGCCUCCAAGAGCAGCCACUCGGAGGAAGAUUAUGAAUGGGUGGAGAAGACGAUCGACACUCCUCCCCCAAGAGAGAGUUUUGUGCCGUACAAGAGUAAAGCUUCUGUCCAAGCGUGGAAUCACUAUGUAAAGGACGACCUAGCCCCCAGGAAGAAUGGGGACCAUUCCAAACUUAAAGCUCAGUGGGACGGCACAAGAGUUCCCAAGAUUGCACGAGAUAUUGGCGGUUCUAGUCUGACUCUGGGAAAUGUAUCAUCAUGGGAUGGAGGCAAAAAUCAUGUUGACCAAGAGAUAGAGGAAGAAAAGCUGAGCAAGAAGCGUCAUUGGUCAGAGGAGUACAAUGAAGAGCUUGAUUCUGGAAAGGUCAAGAAAACAAAAAGGUUGAAAGAAGAUCAUGGCUUUAACUCCUCGUACAACCCAUUUCAACACCAUCAGUCUUUGAAGUCAGGGGACAAGCAUAGGGACGCUUCCUCUUCCUCCUGGUCUCAGGAUCACAGCUACCACCAGCACCACGACCAUCACUACCAUAAAAAGUCUCAGUUAUCAUCAUCAUCGUCAUCCUCCUCUCACCCGUGGCGACACAACGACUAUCAGACGUAUAGUAAGAACAACAGCAAUCGUUUCAAGCCUUAUCGUUCUCAGACCAGUACUUUCUCUUAUUGAUGAUGGUGUGUAUAUAUAGUGUUGCAUUGAUUUCAGUGUUAAGUACGUUUUGGCCAGCGAGCAUUAUUACCGGUAGCUUUUUAAAAUCUUGUUAUGAAGUAAUUGAUUGUGUCUCAAGGGACUAGUCCAAAGAGACUUUUGCAGCAUCUUUUUGAAAGAAAUAACUCUUUUAGCUUGUAUGAAAGUGCCUUUGUGCAGAUGUUUGAAAUUGUGGGAGACUGGAAAAUUGUUAAGCAUGUAGGAAUGCAGCAUGUGCAUGAAUAUUCUACUUUUUAAAUUUUUACUUGAGCAAUAGUGAUUCAUUGGCAUAUGUAUAUAGACAUUAUUCCAGCUAUUGUCAUAAACUCCAGUGUAUGUCAACUGGGAAGGAUAAUCAUGCCAGUCAUGUAAACUUUCACUUGAACACAACAAAAUUGGAUGUUUGUAAAAGUCUCUCCCCCAUCAUGUUUUGUUUUAUGUUUGGAAGUUUUGUCUUCAUUUGUUUUACGAGUAUUGUAAGUUAAUGCGCUGAAAACUGAAGUAAAAUGCUUUAUCUUGUACAAUUUCUGAGAUUUUGUGUAUAAGCAAGAUUUCCUUUUUGAACUGUGAAUCGCACUGAUUCUUAAUCAAUAUAAAUGCUCACUGGUAUUUGGUUUACACUAGGACUUGAUAUAUUUCAGUCUGAAUUCAACCCCUUGUUUGUUUGGUGGGGUUUUUGUUGUUGUGGUGGGUUGCCCCAAACUCCAGUAUCUAGCUAGACAAUUGAAUUUUAGGGUCACUGUAUUUCCCUCCUUGCCCGGUGAAGUUUUGUGGAGACAUCUAAUGUUUUCUUCUGUCAGGCAGCCUGUAUAUUUUCAAUGAUGUCAAGAGAGUUUUGUGAAGCCAAGGAUGGGAUAGGGAAAGAUUUCAAAGGAGAAGCAAAUUUUUUAUAAGUUUUCUGACAUGUUCCAAAUAAUUUCCUAGCAAAUUUUAUCUCUAGCGCAACUAAAAAAAUUGUUUGUCUUCAUCUUAGCUUGUCAUGCUUCUUGCCUUUUCAUAUGUUCAUGCUUUUAUGAUUGAUUUCUUAGAAAAUGUUUUAGACCACUCAUGUACCUAUCAUUUCACAGACAGGUUUCAUCAAGACAUUCACAAAUCCAAUAUUUCAUGCAGAAUUGAUAAUCUCAUGGUUUCUGUUAUAACCAAGGAAGGGAACAGCGGAAAAAUGAACGAACUUGUUUUAAAGACUCGUUGACUCAUAAAGAACUUUGCUUUUCAAUGACUUUUGCACUCAGGUUGUGAAAACUCCUACAUCCUCACUGGCAGUCAAAAGACAUUAUUUGCAAGAAAGCUCUAGUUAAUUACUCUUUCUUUUAUAUUCAUAAUUUUCCAGAGUGCACAGUCUGUAUGUCAAGAAAUACAGAGGUGUUAUUACUCAGGUGCCUGUUUUUGUGUUUUGGAACCGUAUUACUCUUUUGUUUAAUCAUAUGGCUGGUUGUUUAAUGACAAAAUUAGAUUGGCCUUAUGGUUUGUUUACCUUUGUCGUCAGCAAAACUUGUGUACUUGCAUUAAUGUGUUGAGAUGUUGCCCGGCCAGAUGUUACCUGUAUUGAUGUUUGCAAACUUCUGCCCAUUUGGUUCUAUUUGUCAAAAUCAUUGCCUGUUAAUAGGCAGUUUAGUGAAUGCGCUCACGGCUGGGCGAAUCAGCCACGAUACGCCCGUAGACUUAUAUGAUCUGCCGUGAAGCCUCACGUUAUUGUGGGUUUUGGUUCGUUUUGUGAAUCGCACUACCACAUCUGAUACAUCUCUUUAAACGGAAAUGAAAGAUCUUCAAAAUGUCAGUCUUCACGUAAAAAUCGAUUUGGUUGAACUGGAAAUAUUUGCUUCAGAAUAUUUCCCCAGCUAUUUUCAGAAUAUUAAGUCAGCUCCCCAUCCUUCUUUUUCAAAGUUUUGUGCAUACAUUUGUGUCAAACUAUAUUUUAUGCUUUUUAUUUUAUCAUAUUUGGCUCUUGAAUAGUGCAGAUGAUAGCUAAAUCUAGAUUUUCCUGUUUAGAAUUAGCAUUAUUUAGUACAGCAGCAGUCAGAGAGCCUGCAUCUUCUAGAUCUAACUUAUUAAAAGAUUUUGGGCUUUGGAAUGGAAAUAAAACUUGGAAUUGUACAGUUUUAAGUAAUUUUAGAUUCAGCAUCUAGCCAUAUUAUUCAGUCAAUAAUAAUAAUCUCAUCAUUACAACCACUUACUUUUAUUAGAUACCAAUAACUUUUAUCUAAAAAUCAGUUUUGCACAAACUUACUAGUAGAGAACAAAGUUUUUAAGCCUCUGCUCAGUCUUUCAGUACCUAUUAAUUUUGUGUUAUUUUCUGGAUAUUUUUACUUUUUACGUUAUCAAAUUGUGCUGUUUUCUUUGAUAUUGGCCAAAGAAUAGCAGGAGAAUUUUCAGACCAUGAGUCUCUGACUUAUGAUUUUUUAAAAAGAUUGUGCUCAUCCAUGAAAAUAUUGCUAAUUGAUGAUAACUCAGAACAAUACAAUUGUCAAUAAUAGUGAAUUAAAAUGUGUGGAAAAAAAAAAAUGAGGUAGACUAUAACUUAUUUUAAAAAUUGCAUGUGCAAGUGAAGAUCAUAAGAUGAUUUUGUUAUUUUCUGGUAUUCUUUCUGCAGUUUAUUAAAUGUUCCAGUGGGCUUACUACUAAAAUGUAUGUCUCCGAAGAACACUUUUCUUGACUUUAUAAGCUCUUUAUAUUUGAAAGCAUAAAAUAUAGUUUGACACAAAUGUAUGCACAAAACUGAAAAAGAAGGAUGGGGAGCUGACUUAUGGUCAUUAAGAGUUAAAAAAAAAUUUUUUUUUACAGAAUCAGUUUUAAGAUGAGAAAGCCCUAAAAAACAAAGUUUAAAUUCAUAAGAAUGCCCAUAAAAUUAGAAAAUUACUACUUAAUUGGCUUAAUUCUUUAAUAAUUAUGAACAGUGACGAAAAACAAAGAGAAUAAAGUAUGGUUUGUGUAAAUAUGACUAUUAGCAGCAAAGAUAUUGCCCGUUUUGUCAAUUUUGUGUUAUUUUUUAGGGUGAUUUUUUAACCAAAAAAAUAUUGUGACUUUUUAAAGAGGCGUUUUGUAGUUUUGUGCAUUCUAUAUAAAAUUCCCAACAAAUUGAUGUAUAACACAUUUAGAAGAGUAAUGGUCAUUUGUUUUGUAAAGUUGCAUUUUGAUGUCACAAAAACUCAAUGUUAACAAUGGUCUGAAAUUGGCAGGAUUUUAGGUAUGAAAAAAUCGCCAUAACCUUUUAACCAAUAAAGAUAUCAACACAAUGUAAACUGUUUUAUGAUCGUGAAGGCAAGGGCUUUCAAAUGAAAGUAUUUUAAAGCAUGUCAGACAACUUUGAAAUUUUCUCUAAACUGCCUUCUGUUACAUGUCUUGUUUUCCGCUUUUUACGGGGAUUCUGAAAAAAAUCCUACUUCAGUUUCCAAAGGUUUUGUGAGUCUGUUUUGGUAAAGACUCACCUACAAAAUUGCUGAUUUACUAGAAACUGAAAGUUGUGAAGAGCUUUUGAGCUUUUUGAAAGAGGUUACCUCUCAUUGUAUAGAGUGCUCAUGCUGCUUUCUUCAUUAUAAAUUGUAUUAGAGUAUGUUGUUGAAUAAAUGCUUUUCUUUGCAUUAAUUGUAAUUGAAUUCAAGUUUAUAUAAUUUUAUAGCUUAGCCUCAAGGAACAAGUGAAUUAAUAGGAAGCGAGGUAAUGGGCUAGAAAUUUACUAAGAGUGUUUUCUUGGACAUGGAGUUUUUUAGAACCAGUUGCACAUAUUUAGGUAUCCAUAAUUCUGUUGUUUUUUUAAUUUGUCGUCUUGUCAGAGGUGGUUAAACCUGUCUUGUAUAAUUUGGCUUAGAGUGCUGGAUUGAAAUUGUUCAUUAGCCGGAGGUGUGGGAAAUGUGCACUCUGCUGGUUUGAUCAAAGGAAGUGUCACUCUGAGUAGAGAAGUUUUUGUUUCUUGGGGUUUGUUUUGCACAUCAUUGAAACUUAUGGUUACAAUUGUGCCUGUCAGAUAUUUGUUAGAAAUAGAAGAAAAUAUUACUACAUGUCACCCCAUAAUACGAGCUCAGAACUGUUUUUUGGGCUUGGUUUUUUCUCCAGUCUUAAAAAAAAUCUUUACAGAAAAGGAGUAAAGGUAUCUCAACGAAGAAGAUAGGGAAAAAAGAUGAGUCCACGUGAAAUGGCCAAUUCUUCCAUGCUUAGAAAGUGAUCUUUUACUGUGAUUAAUAAAAACUAGUAUUACAAUUUUGUACAUUCAUGCAUACCAAGUGUCUGACAUGUUACAAAUAAAACACUGGCAUGUUACACAUUGAGACCCAAUGGGUCACUCAAGAAAUCUGGAGCACAACUGAAUUGUGGAAGAUGAGUGAUGGGAAUUUCGUUCUUGUCAGAGACGCCGAGGGCUAUUGCUGAACUUUUACAAUAAAGUUGUGUGUUUUUGUGCAAGUUCAUAAUCAAGUAACUGCCUUUGUUCAAAUUUAGUUGUAUGGUUAGUGAGCAACUUUGGCAAUUUUUUGUUCUGUACAUAUAGUUAAUUUAUUUUGUUCUCUCCAAAACCACAAAUGAAUGCAUAUUGUUUCAGUUUCGGUCUUUAAAAUUGCUCAAGAAGUGUUCAUUUCAGAAGUGGCUAAGCGUUCUAAAGAGAAAUGAACCUGAAAGUCCUAGGAGUUGAGGGCAAGGGUGAACCAGCUCUGACAACGCAGACUUCAAUACAAAAUGUUAAGCCUGAGAGCUAGGUGACCAGAGACUAACUCUAACAUGUGUCUGUUGUAACUGAUGCUAAUCUGAAUUCUUGAGUGGUUGGCUCACUAUAACUUUGAUGACCAUGUCUACAUUUUAUUAUUUCAAUGCUGCUGAAUGUUAUGCAACUUUUAGCAGCUCUGUAUUUUCUGUCAGUUUAAAAUGGACAGUAAACAGUGCGAAUAUAGUGUAUUAUUUUUUUUUUACCAUUCUUCAGUUUUUUUCUUUUCCACAUCAGAACUUUGUGCAUGUGGUGGGAUUUGUCAAUAGCCCAUUACAAUAAUGACCAGUGUAUGUGAAAGUGUCUCUGUGUUAUUUUCUUUCCUGUAGUCCCCUUUAAAAAAAAAAA